UAGUUUACCACCGCCAUGGCAUUCGUAAAUUAUAUUUGCUUCAGUGUGUUUCGCUACGAAAAUAGUUUUUUGAUUCGUGCUUGUGAGUGGAUUUUUCAAAGGGCCAUUGCCGUUUGUAGGUCACGUAGAGCCUCACAGGAUGUCGGAAGGAUCACCAGGAGUAACGAAAGUCUUCCUUACGUUCGGAGUAAAAGUAGAAGUGUCGAUCAUGGUGUUUCCACUACGUUCGAUCUUGAAGCAUUAAGAAUCAAGGAGAAGGUGGACAGUCGCCUUGAUCGAGAUUUUAAUGGUUCAAACUCGAGCUUAGCGGAAAGAAAGCGUAGCAGUGGACCGCCUGAAAAUACAACCUUAUACACGGUUGCCAAUCGAGAUACUCUAACAUCCGUAGCAGCUAGGUUUGAUACGACCCCGUCAGAAUUGACCAAACUGAAUAAAUUAGGAACCUCCUUUAUAUUUCCCGGUCAACAACUUUAUGUACCUGUUCGAAUUGAUAAAGAUCUUAAAGAUGUCACAUCUCACGUCGACUCGCACGAUGAUCUACCUCUAGAAGAAAAAGAAUUGUUAGACAACCUUCGACCGGUAAGUCCGAAACCGGGUCAUGCGGAACGUGUACGCACCCCAUCGUACAAUCAAGCUUCGAUUCCCGAACAAGAUGAGGAGAGCACCAGCUUUUCGGAACGCUUCCUCAAAAUCAACGUUCGCCAUAUUACCGACGGGCAAGGUGUCGUCUCCGGGGUACUUCUCGUCACCCCGAACGCCGUUAUGUUUGAUCCGAACGUAUCGGACCCUCUCGUUAUCGAGCACGGUCCCGAGGCGUACGGCGUUAUAGCCCCGAUGGAAUUUGUAGUGAAUGUAGCUAUAUACCACGAUAUUGCGCACAUGCGCGUCGGACAUAUAGAUGGGGGCAAAGGAGAGAAGCCGGAAAUAUACCACACGAAACCUCAUAAAGUUACCGACGACGCCGAGCCGGACUCGCUCAUGGUCAAGGAUGAGACAUUUCCAGAGCUCGUUACAGUAACUGACGACGCAGAAUCUGUAUGUUCCAGUACCGAAAGGGAGGGGGAUGCCUUUCCCAAAGCUUUCGAACGAGAAUUGGUUACACCUACGAACUUGGACGGUUUAGAAAAUGCUCACGUCGAAGAAAGGCGAAAAUCACUAAUAGAUCAACAUUGGGCUAUACCCUCGCGGGAUCGGCAAUCUGUCGAUGUGGACGAUGAUUCUAGUAAUCUAUCAAAUCUUGUACUAGAUGAUAAUGAUGACAGCGAAGAUGAGAGUUUAAUUAGACAAAGUUAUCACGAUUCCGGAAUAGAUAUUAGGGAAACUGUUCCUCCACCACCACCUCCACCUCCUCCGCCGCCAGUUCCUAUUGUGCCAGUAAAAAAGAAAUAUAGUGACGCAGAUAUUAUUUUGUCAAAUGAUUGGGUACCCCCUAUUACUAUUGCACCCACACAGGUUACAACGUCCGAGACUGACAGUCCAUCUCGUAAAAAAACCAACUCUGUAUCGUUUAGUCUGGACUCGACAUCUGCCGAUUUAGUCACAACUCCGUCACUUUCAACCAGUGUUCUAGAUGGAAAAGAUACAGAGACGCGAAAGAAUAAAAUGUUGAAACGAUUAUCGUAUCCGUUGGCGUGGAUGGAAACACUAACUGGCGAAAAAGAGGAGGAGAAAUCUAGUCAACCGAAUUCGGCGGACAGCCACCAUUCGUCGAUGUUUUCGAAAGUUUUUUCGAGCUCCCCAAAGAAUCUGGUGGAUUUCGGCACCGGUCUGUUUUUGAGCAAGACCCCGUCCGAAGAUAGUGGAGGUUCGGGUGGACCGUACUCGGGCGGUAGCGGGGGUCCGCCCAUGACGCCCGCGACCGGCGUGACCGAUUCGCCGGCGAGUGCCACGGAGAGUUCCAGUUUUUUUCCCUCUAAUAUUAUUAGUUCGGUCGGCGCGUCUGUAGGUGCAGUAGGGGCGACGGUGGGCGCGAUGGGUGGUGCAGUUGGGGCGACGGUGGGCGGAGCCGUUGAGGCUACCGUCGGAGUAGUAGGCGGCGCAGUUGAAGCUACUGUCGGAGCAGUAGGUGCAACUGUUGGCGCCAUGGGGGCGACUGUGGGAGUGGUCGGGUCUACAGUUGGGGCCGUGGGACGAUCGUCAGUGGGAACGUUCAUGCGACAACCGACAGAAAAUGUAAAGCCUCCUAAGGUGCCACCUCCAAAAUUGGAUUACAGAUCCAUGGUGUCUGUGGACGAUAUGCCGGAAUUGUUUGUUUCUUUUGACAAAUUAAUCCCGCGGCCAGCCCGUUCGUGCGACGAUCCUCCCCUCUAUUUACGAUUGCGUAUGGGAAAACCGAUCGACAAGCCGAUACCUCGAUCGACACCUCUAAUGUCGUACGGAAAGAAGAAAAUGCGACCCGAAUAUUGGUUCAGCGUUCCGAGAAAUCGCAUCGACGAUCUCUAUAGCUUUAUACAAGUUUGGUUUCCUCAGCUGUAUGGAGAAUUGGACGAGGAGCAGGUGCAGCGUAGGGGAUUUAGUUUAGUGGAAUUGGAUACGGAGCUCUGGAGCAACGACGCCACGCCUCACGGGAGCAGGCACGGGAGUCAAGACGGAGAAAUAUUGGAGUUAACUAAGGAAAGUUGGGAGCUGAUCAAGGCGCCUUAUGCUAAAAUCUACAGCAUCAUCAAGACUCAAACCAUGUCGGCGGAUAGCACUGACGAGGUGCUGCCCAUGUCAGAGGAGCUGCGACAAGCGCUGUACUCGUCAGUGGCGCCUUCUCUGGACAUCGAUAUUGCACCACCCGAACUAGUCGGCAACACGGAAAUUCUGACCGACUUACAUCGUGAAUCGUUAUGUCGGCAUUUACCGGCUCGCGCCGAGGGCUACUUGUGGUCGCUCGUCUUCAGCACUAGUCAGCACGGUUUCAGUCUCAAUUCCAUGUACCGGAAGAUGAACAAAUUGGAAUCGCCAAUUUUAUUAGUCAUAGAAGACACUGACAAUAACGUGUUUGGUGCUCUAACAUCUUGCGCACUGCAAGUUUCCGAUCACUUCUAUGGAACAGGCGAGUCGUCGCUCUUCAGGUUUAGUCCGCACUUUCAAGUGUAUAACUGGACGGGCGAGAAUUUGUACUUUAUCAAAGGUAACAAUGAGAGUCUCAGCAUCGGCGCCGGCGACGGUAAAUUCGGACUGUGGUUAGACGGAGAUUUGUAUCAGGGUAGAUCGGAAUCCUGUAAUACGUACGGCAACGAUCCGUUAACACCUAAGGUAGAUUUCGUAGUGAAAACUUUAGAAUGCUGGGCCUUUGUUUAAAAUAUCUGUGAAUAAUCUUUAUAUUUUUAUAAAAGGAGCAUUUGUUGUAAAUGGCACUCUGGAUUCUUUUUGUUAAUUGUUAGGACUGACUGAGAAGUUUAUGAAUUGUUAAUGUUAAACGUAAGGUGCUGUUGUAACAAAUGCUUUGUGAUAUAAUAUUGAAUAAUGUGCCGCACAACCGUUUCAAAGCUUUAUAGCGAGUAAAAAGGCUGCCUUUCACUUAUUAUUAAUAACGUAAUAGUAAUAGAUCGUGCGUGCGUGUGCUUAAGGGAUAAAUAUGGGAUGUCCUUGCGUAUUUCUUUUAUUAUAACUUCAACACUUCUCCGAUCGAUACAUAUCUUAACGUUUUGGCGGGCCUUAAUUUUAAAAUUUCCCGUACCUACAGUCGAAUGGAGACAUCCUGUAUUUUAGAAACUAGUCGUUUUAUAUACAUUUUUGUAUUAUUGUGUCAAAUUAGCCGUUAUAAAGGUAUUAUUUAUUGCGUCUUGUAUUAUCAUCAUUGUUACAAAGUGAAUGGCAGCGGUGUUAGUUUGUCGUAUAUUAUCAACAUGUUGCGGUCAUUCUAUGUUGUUCGCCUUACUAUGUUUUCUUUAGUAAGCAGCUGCCGAGGAUGACGAUUCGACAUGAUUGUAACAUACUAUGCAGUUUAUGAUUGGCUGUAGUUACUCUCUGUCAAUUAGGCUAGUAGCAAACUCGCCAUAUCAGUUGUCAAUUUCUGAGAUACUUCAAUCUAGAGGCUGUUUGUGUUUAUAUCUCUCGAUGGGAAUUCUCCUCGCGCAUUUUCAUCCUAAUCGAACUCCGAAUAUCUACACGUGAUUUGAUGUAACUUAGAGCUUCGGUGAUAAAUUGGUGUUUUUCAUUUAUUAGCUACGUAACUAACAAUUACAUGCGUUAUUAUGUGUAAAUAUGACAAUUCGAAAAUUCGCGGGGAGAAUUUUGACCGUGAAAACCACACAAAGUCGCAAAUGUGAACACACCUCCAAUUAAUAUAUUUGUUAAUUUGUUAAUUAGAUUUUAAAACUGUAUUCUGUAUAAAACAUAAGCAAUGUAUUAUAGAUUUUAGGAAAAUAUUUAUCUGUAAAAAGCAAGUUGUAUAUAAUGUAUAACAUUAAUAAAUUUUAAAUAGCAUAUAA